UUAAAAAUCCUUCUUUAACCUGCCUCCUCAACUUUAUCUACACUAAUCGAAGUGGAUUUAACAAGUGACAUCAAUAAGGGAUCAUAGCUUUCACCUUGAUUCACCUGUUCAGGCGAUGUCAUGGAAAGAGCAGGUGUUCUUAAUGUUUAGUAUAAUCAGUGUAUAAGUUGUAUUCUUGAAGAAUCAAUGGGUAUAUAUAUCAUUAAUUUAUAAGUCCAAAAAUGUAUGUAGCAACUAAGGAUUCUAGCUUUAACUUACACUGCUAGAAAUAUUUGUAUUAACAUAAUAACAAUGAUAACACAAUUACUAUUGCUUGUGGUAGCUAUGAGCAUCUGAGCACCUCGCCCCCUGCUCUCAACAGCAUCCCUAUUGGCUGAGAUUUGACCCGAGCCACAGUGCCUUAGCCCUUAGCAGGGAGUAAAAUCCAAAUGGCUGAAGAUCACAAAGUCUUGGUAGUAAGAAACAUUGGUUUGAGGGAUAUAAAAAGGAAUGAAGGUGGAACACAUCUCAGACUCAUUUAUAUUGUUUCAUUUUAAAUAGGUAGCCUAAGUAGACUGAAAUUCAUCUGCAAGAUCCAGCGUAUAUAGGUAUAUAUUAGUUGAUCAUUGAUAUUCUGGGACCAGAUCUGUGUAGUAGGUGAUUAUUAAAGUAGUUUUACUGUACUUAUCUUCAAUAGAGACCCUGUAAAGUACUUUGAGACAGAAAGCCUUCCUAAACUGCAUCUUCUUAUUUCUCAGAGGAAAUGAGAGAGUUAUUGGGCCAAUACAUCUCAGACACCCUCAGCUAUGUCUACACAGUGAAGGAAUUCUGUGACAGGCAUCCAAGGUGGAUCCUGCAGAGAAAGGAGGAACAAUCCAAGAUGAAGAACAUCAAGGAAAUGUCAGACAGAAAUUAUCUUAAAUUCAGCCGAGUCUUGAAUGCAGAAGUCAAGACCAAGGCAUUAGGAGAGUUCACGAAAGACUAUCUGACCCAGGUGACUGCAAACCGUAGGGUUAAGGAGCUGGAGAAGGAGCUGGAAGCUGUACUGAAGGACACUCACAAUGGGCUGGAGGAGCUGGACUGCUUCAUGGAUGCUGUGGAGAGGCUGGUGGUCACCUCUCUGUUUGUAUUUACUGAUGAAAACCGGUUGUGUCCUCUGCCUCAGGGGAGGGAACAAGCAAGUGUCCGAGCUGUCAUCACCUCCGCUAGAAUGGCCUGUCCUCUCCUCAUCCACUUUAAGAGGGACGCUUCAGCCUUCUUUUCCCCAUGCCUCCUCAAUGUGGAGGUGCUGUACGUGUACUUGGAAAAUUACAUACACAUCUCCGAGAAGCUGUGUGAGAGAAUGGGAUUGGGAAAAACAAAAACAUUUUGCAGAGAGAAGAAUGACAACUUGAUGAUUGACACCAGCACUGAAGUGAAUGAAAAGUCCAUGCAGACCAUGUUUAACCAUUUGUGCCAUUUGAGUGAUAUCAGGAUGAACCAGCACCUCAGACUGACGUUCCUGUUCCAGGAGUCUGCCCUGCGCUUCAUUGGUCUGUUCAGUCAGUGCCACUCCAGAAUGCUGGACUUUAUAAAAGAACUGGAAAGGAGAGCUGGCAAACUAGAUAUAAUGAAGAAAUGGGGUUAUAUCUCCAGUGUGGUAGGCAGUGCAGUGGGGGCAACAGGAGGGGCUCCGACCAUCGCAGGCCUUUGUCUUGCCCCUGUUACUGCUGGGCUGUCACUGGGGCUCACCAUCGCAGGGAGUGGAAUGGGUGAGAGCAGUGGUGUCAACAGUCUAACCACCGGUGUUACAAAGGUGGCGUUUAAAAGCUACCAAAACAAGAAAGCCAAUACAAUCUUUCAAUGUUUCAUGGAGGACAUGCAAAGACUCCAUGGUAGUCUGGAGAAGGUGGCCAGCAACAUUUGCCCUUUGGAGCCGAAGGUGGUGGCAUUAGUUGUUGGGAAGAAUAUAGGCAAAUGUGCUGCGAGUUUAGGAAAAAAGAUCAAUGGCAUAGUAAAAAAUACUUCUGCAAUAGAGGCCUUAAUGGGAAAAGGCGUGGUUAUAGGUGCAGGCAAGGUGGGACUGCAAGAGGGCAAAACAUUUGCUGCAGAUUUACCUGACAUUGGGAUGUUGGCCCAAGGCACUCCACUCGCCCUCUCUAGGACAUUAAGGCGAUGCGCCGUGGCCUCAAAUGCCCUAUUCAUUGGCCUGGACAUCAUCACUAUCUGUAAAGACAGUGUCAGCCUUGCCAAAGGCAGCAAGAGCAAGAGAUCCCAGGUCAUCCGAGCCAGAGCAGCACUGUGGCGCACAGAGAUCGACUCAUGUCAGAGGAUCCAUGACUCACUGUGACGAGGCAUCUGGAGGUUAAGAAAGAGUCAGCGAAUCCUGGAGAAACCCUUUUACCUUGUGAAGGAGUUUGAAAGUCUAGAGCCGCUUGUGCAGAUGGGACUCAUGGAGCAGCCUGAGGAUGAUAUAGAAACACUGGUGCAGCCUAUGGAGGAGACGAGACUCCUGGGGCAGCCUAUGGAGGAGACGAGACUCUUGGGGCAGCCUAUGAAGGAGAUAGAAAAAGGUCCAAAAGUCGUUAAAUUGAUUUGCCCUUAAACAUGUCACAUACUGUACACAGCAGAUGUUGAAUGAUAUUAUGUGCAUGUAUUAGCAAAAAUACUCAAGCUACUAAGUCUUUGAAUUUCACCAAGCGGGCAUUGCCAUUGGUUAAUUGCUUUUCCAUAAAAAAAUUCCUGUCUCUAGGUUUUUGCGACUGGAUGUGGCAUUCCGGUAUGGUGUUGUUGCUGUUGCUGUUAGCAUAUGUAUGGGCUGAGAACAUUUAUAAGUAGAAAUUGAGAAAAUUACGAAGCCAAGACACCUGCCGUUUGGACUGCAUUGUUUCCUGUGCAUCACUUCCUGUACACCUUAAUCGCUUAACAUGUAGAUUUGAAAUGAUUACUGUGCAUGGUUUUAAAGUUACUUGGACUUGAGAAUAGAAGAGAACAUAUUUUUUUAUUAAAUGUAUUUAAGAUUAUUAAAUUUUUUAUUCAAACCA